AUGCCGGCCCUCCUGCUCCUCGGGACCUUCGUGCUCCUGGCCUCCACCGCGGGUCAGGCCGGGGCGCGCCCGUCCAACGCCACGAGCGCCGAGCCCCCAGGCCCGCUGCCCGCGCUGCUGCUGGCCGGGGGCGCCGGGGGAGCUGGGGGUGCUGGCGGGGGACCAGGUCCCGGCCAGGCCGGGUGGCUGGAAGGGGGCAGGACGGGUGGUGCUGGGGGACGUGUGGGCGAGGGCCCCGGGGGUAGCACAGCCUACGUGGUGUGCGGCGUCAUCAGCUUCGCUCUGGCCGUGGGCGUCGGCGCCAAAGUGGCCUUCAGCAAGGCGUCCCGUGCGCCCAGGGCGCACCGGGAGAUCAACGUGCCCAGGGCUCUGGUGGACAUUCUGAGGAAUCAGGGGGGGCCUGGGACCCGCCCGGACCGGGCCCGAAGCAGUUCUCUGACCCCGGGGAUCGGAGGUCCCGACAGCAUGACCCCCAGGACGCCCAAGAACCUCUACAACACAGUGAAGCCUUCAAACCUCGAUAAUCUGCACCACAACUACCUGCACCUCAACAUCAACAGUCCCAAGCACCAUGCUGCCACACUGGACUGGCGGGCUGUGCCCCCGCCCAGCCCCUCCUUGCAUUACUCCACGCUGUCCUGCUCUCGGUCCUUCCACAACCUCUCACAUCUGCCCCCAUCCUACGAGGCUGCUGUGAAAUCUGAGCUGAACCGCUACUCCUCCCUCAAGAGGCUGGCCGAGAAGGAUUUGGACGAGGCCUACCUGAAGCGCCCGCACCUGGUGGAAAUGCCCCGCGGGACGAUGCCCCUGCACACGCUGCGUCGACCUGGCACGGGGGGCGGCUACCGCAUGGAAGGCUGGGGUGGGCCAGAGGAGCUGGGCCUGGCACCUGCGCCAAACCCUCGGCGGGUCAUGUCCCAGGAGCACCUGCUGGGCGACGGGGGCCGGGCCUCCCGCUAUGAGUUUACGCUGCCGCGUGCACGCCUAGUGUCGCAAGAGCACCUGCUCCUGUCCUCGCCCGAGGCCCUGCGCCAGAGCCGCGAGCACCUGCUCUCGCCACCUCGUAGCCCCGUGCUGCCCCCCGAGCCUACCACCCGCGCCAGCCUGGCCGCCUCCCACUCCAACCUGUUGCUGGGGCCCGGAGGGCCUCCAACGCCGCUGCACGGGCUGCCGCAGCCCCCAGGCCUACACACUCACCACCACCAUGCCCUGCACGGCUCUCCGCAGCCAGCCUGGAUGUCCGACGCGGGUGGGAGCGGGGGCACGCUGGCCCGCAGGCCGCCCUUCCAGCGCCAGGGCACCCUGGAGCAGCUGCAGUUCAUCCCCGGCCACCACCUGCCCCAGCACCUGCGCACUGCCAGCAAGAAUGAGGUGACUGUCUGAGGCCGGGGCUGGGGGUCAGGGC